GGUGAAUAUUUUCCUUUGUGUGGUAACGGCGGCUUCCAUCUUGAAAGACCACCCCGGUGCCGAAAGACGAAUUUAUUCCUGUCCGCGUCUGUCUGUUCGCGUCCGCGUUGAUCCGAUCCGGUCGUAGGGAUUCGGCGUCGCGACGCUUUCAAGAUUUUUGUGUAAAUCGAUCGCGAUUCGAGUCGCUGGACAACCACGUGAGAAUAUACGAAAAUGCAGGGCACCAUAAUCGAGAACCUGAGCGGCAAGAAGCUCUCAGUGCUGGUGAUGCUUUUGAUCAUCGCACAAAUUGUUUGUUUUCUGAUAGGCGGCUUGAUUGCACCUACACCUGCUAGUAGCCAAAACAUUCUUGGUACACCGUGCGAAGAUAUUAGUGUUAAUGGAUCUGAUCAAAAUGAAUGGUUUUAUUCUAGAGGAAAUGAUUCUUGUACUCAAGUCGACAUGCAACACUUAGAGUUGGCAGAUCAAAUUAAUUAUCAGCAAGCAUACCAAGUUGUGUAUACAUUUCAGAUGCCUAUACCUCGGAACGGUAUAAUACUCGAUUAUUCGAGAUGGCAACAAAAUUUGAUAGGAGUUUUACAAGUGGAUAUAUCGUAUAACAGCCAGAUUGAAAUUGCUCCUAGGACAAUAAUAACAUUGGAUGCACGACUAGCUUAUCGAAAUGAGGGUGAUCCGGAAGAUGUAUGGAAACCAUAUGCUGCUUCUACUGUAGAAAGAAUUUUAGAUUGCAGUAUAGAUAAGCCACUAGAAAAGUAUAAUUACAAUUGUCAUGUCAUACCAUUGUUUGAAUUGGGAUCUUUGUAUCAUGAUUAUUACUUAUUAAAUAUUCGUCUUCCCUCUGACACUAAAAACCAGGGAUUGGGACAUGUUGAUUUAUGGCUUACAGCUAUUAAUCAAAACGGUGGAUUCACGAAAGUGUGGGUGAGUCUAAAGACCGUUUAUUUCCCUAUAGUACUACUAGUUUUGGCUUGGUAUUGGAGAAGAGUGUACAUGCUAUCUAGAUCGCCCGCACUUUUGGAAUAUAUGCUCUUGGCUUUGGGUUCUGCCUUAACAUUUCUAAAUCUGCCUUUGGAAUACUUGACACUUGCUUUUGAUAUGCCCUUUAUGCUAUUGUUGGGUGAUAUUCGACAAGGAGUAUUUUAUGCGACAUUGUUAUCAUUCUGGCUCGUAUUUGCUGGUGAACAUUUAAUGAUUCAGGAGGGUGAACAAAGUAAUUCAUUAAAAUGUUAUUGGCGACAUCUCUCUGCAGUAGGUACUGGAUGUCUCUCACUAUUUAUAUUUGAUAUGUGUGAACGUGGUGUACAAUUGAGAAAUCCAUUCUAUUCAAUUUGGGUCACCGAUAUUGGAACGAAAUUAGCACUAUCCUUUAUUAUCUUAGCUGGUAUCUCGGCCGGAAUAUACCUGUUAUUCUUAUUUUAUAUGAUAUGGAAAGUAUUUAUGAACAUUAGCGCAAAGAGGGCUGUUUUACCCAGUAUGAGCUCAGCACGACGUCUACAUUACGAAGGAGUUAUAUAUCGUUUCAAAUUCUUGAUGAUUGCUACGUUAUUAUGCGCAUCCUUAACUGUUGUUGGUUUUAUAUUAGGACAGGUUGCAGAAGGUCAGUGGAAAUGGGAUGAAGAUUUACAGUUGGAAAUGACUUCUGCCUUUUUCACUGGUGUAUAUGGUAUGUGGAACAUUUACAUCAUUGCAUUAUUAUGUCUCUACGCUCCUUCUCAUAAGCAAUGGCCAAUUGAACCAUCUGAGAACAGUAUUAGCGAGGAAAUCGAAUUUUCCCCUUUGCCAACUGAUCCUAAUGAAAUGGUGUCUCUAACUGCGUUUGCACGAAAAACAGCAAUAGAAUAAAGUACAUAUUUAUAUUUAUGUACAUUUGUAAGAAGCAGGAAGAGAUGGCAAUUUCUUAUACUUAAUGUACUUAACUGUUAUAAUUAGAAUUUAUAAAUAGAACUGUAUUAGAUUUUUCACUAUUUAUUAGGAACGCAGUGACUGAUAAUAUUUUUUAUGGUAACAAUUUUAUAUGCCAAAUUCAAUUAUUUAUUGCUCCCAAUGUUUUUGUAUGUUAUAUACCUCUAUUUAUAGUAUUAUAUUAUCUAUAAUAGACGAAAAUAUAUAAGUCAUUUCAUCUUUC